UUCGAGAGUUUCCUGAAAUUCCGGCACAAAUCGGGUAUUCAUAACAUAUUCCUGCGACCGCUGAGCGACCUAUGCCUGGAUGAGUCGGACCAAGUGAUCAGCGCCUACAUCGGCUGGUGCUCACUGUUUCUGCAUACCGGCUCCGGUCAGGUAGUCUACUUAGGCUACUCUAACCCGAAGUCACUAUUGAAGCAAAAUAUGUUUAAAUCUGAUAAUAAAAACUCAAAUAAUAAUAAUAAGGACACCAAUGAGUUGAUUGUAUGCGAAAAGGCGCCCCAAUAUAUCAUUAACAUCGAGUGCGGCUCCAAAGAGACCCUGGUGCUCACACUGGACCAGAAGCUAUACAAAUGGUCUGGCUUCAACUUCGCCAACACAGAGCCCGAACCGGUAGCCCAACCCCCAUCGGAAACGGACCCACCCAUACGUAUUGAACAAAUCUCUGUAGGGGUCGAGUACUCCAUCGCCCUGACAGAUACCGGUGCCGCGCGACUGUUCGACAUAAACACCGGCGCCUUAGGGAUCUCCAUAACCGACAAAAAGUGCGUAGCCGUCAGCGCGGGUCAGGAGCACGUACUGGCGCUCACGAUGUCGGGUCGUGUGCUAUCAUAUGGACGGGGCUCGAGGGGACAGUUAGGUCACGGAGACGUCGAGAACGUGGACGAGGAGUCCGCUCAACUCAUUGACGCUUUGGACGGCAUUAAGGUUAAGGCGAUCGCCGCCGGGGGCUGGCAUUCGAUGGCGUUGUCCACCACUGGGGACGUGUAUGUAUGGGGUUGGAACGAGUCCGGACAGUUAGGCUACCAGAGGGACACCAUUACGAUGAAAGCACUGCCCCUUCCGCUCGACAUAUCCGAUGACGACUCGUUUGUGUCCAUCAGCGCCGGUAGCCGACACUCGAUGGCUGUGUCCGAGAACGGCAUACUGUUUGGCUGGGGCUGGAAUAAGUGGGGACAGUUAGGUCUGGACCCCAAGGUAUACGUAGUUUGUGAUACACCCCAAGUCAUACCUGUCGACGAAAAGGUGAAAACAAUUUGCUGUAAAUUCUGGUCAAGUCUUAUAGAGACGGAAAGGGAGCCCACCCCUGAUGAGUGAACGCAUACCACACACAUACCGGUGCUGAUGAGGGGACUGGCAUUCAAUGCAACAAACUAUUCAUAAACUGUUUGAUAACUGAUAACUGAAUUUACAUUUCAUAAGCGUUUGGCACAAAAAAAAUCUAAUGAUUUCAACGGAGAGCUAAUUGUUUGCGAAAAAAAAACUAAAUGUUUGAAUACUUUUGAGACUAAUUUAUGGACACAAUUACU